GGCGGCGGUAACAAAGCGCCAACAACUGGACGCUCCCUGCCGAACAACGGGCCGAUUCUCGUGCUCCUGUGUGCUACGACUCAGCAACAUGUUUGUUGAGAAGACACUGGACAAAAACCUCUGCCUCAAGCUUGCACUUCCUUCAAGUUGACAGGAACUUCAUACAUCCCCUUUGUCCAAUGGAAGCCAGGGGCUACAGCCAGAGGUGGAAGAUGCAUUUCCCAGAGUUUAAACACAGCAGGAGAUCCCUGAGCCCGACUACAAGAGACAGCGAACGAGGCAAAACAGAGAGAGACACAGACAGAGGAGGGACACACAAAAGCGUUUCCAUGGCCCCUACCUCCAGGUACCUGACAGACAGACAGUAUGUGAGCAGAAAGCCUCUGUUCUCUGGAGAACAAUACACAUCCAUCUUAAAGAAGACACAUCCGCAGGUUCACACAGAGAAGGAGAAAAAUGUUAGUGUCAGCAGAAGAGAAGAAAAUCAGCAACACACUGACAUGAAUUUCUUGACAAGACCAAGAGAGGAGCUGACCCCAGAGAGCUUCAGCCUCUCUCACAGUGACCUCUCACCUUCAUCAUCCUCGAGAAAAGACCUCGACUCACCCAUGGGUGUCUCCGAGCUCAGGUCUAGGCUGAACCAUGAAGAACCCACGUUUGGAUCACCUCCUCCUGGCAGCAGACCAGCUCGGCGGAACCUCUUGAGCUCCAUCCUGGAGGUACAGAGACCAAACCCUCCUCUGAGGCCGCAGCUGACUUCCACCGUCCUCCAUCCCACCUACAGCCCUCGCUCAGAGCACUCCAGGCUCAGACUCGGGGGGAGGGACAGGGUAGGUGGGCCAGAGACCAAAAUAUACUCUUCUGGAGGACACUCAAAAGGACAUCCAAUGUCUCCCUGUCAGGCAAACUACUGGGCCUGUGCCAUCCCUAAAGCUCUGCCUCCAUCUCCAGACAGGCACUCCGCAGACUGGGACCCAAACAAGGAGUACCAGGACCUGCUGGACUAUACCUACCCCCUGAGACCAGGACAGACGGUCUGUGAGGGGGACAGCUCCAGGUUCCGGGGAGAGUCUCUCCUCCAAAUAGACCCCACCCUGCAGGACUCAGGGAUUGAGUUGGACCACCUUUGUAGCUCCACAAGCCUAUCAGGGUUUGAUUUGUCUUUCAGUGUGGGUCAGAGGUCAACUGACCUGCAGGGGGUCACCAGGUCCUCAGACGGCAAGCCCUCUGGUACCCUGCUCUCCCAGACAGACCCUGUAGGUUCGUCCUCGGACAGCUUGGACUGCAGUAACAACAGAGACGGAAUGAGUCGUUACAUGUUUGACGGUUGCUAUCAGCAGCAGAAUACACCGUCCUCCUCCACCUUCACCGCUUUUACCCGCUCUACCAGUGUCCUCCCACGGUCCAGGUGUGUAGGAGGGGACGUGGACGAGGAGUUCUGGCCUCUUCCAGAGCAGCUGGUGGAGCUGCAGCUGCUCUCCAGACAGGUGAGAGAGGUGACGGCCAAGCUGAGCCGGCCUGUCACAGCCAGCUGGGAGUCUCUGGAGCUGGGCACCACCUCCAUCCUCUCCUCCGUGACCCUGCCUGAAAAACAGGAGGCUGAAUACGAGGAGGACGAGGCGAAGGACAGAGAGCUGGAGGGUCAUCAAGACUCAGAUGAAGGCAAAGAUGAGCAGGACAGAGAGGAGAGGAGUGCUGCUCAGACUGCAUCAGAUCACAGAGCCUGUGAGGCUGCAAGGCAGAGCUCUGGAGCCUGGGAGGAGUCUGUGAUAGUGGGACUAAAUCCAUCUGGUCUCAGGGAGGUGGAGGUUUUGGUGGAGCAGCUGUGUGACAUCACCCUGCCCAGCAGCCAGAGGAGCAGCCAGGAGGAGCAGGAGCAAAGUGACUCCCUGAUGAGACACAUCCAGGUGUUCUGUUCCCACCUGCAGCAGCUCAUCCAGCAGCUGUACACAGUGUCAGAGAAGAUGGAGCUGCUGGCUACGCCCAUUGUGGACAUGGACAGCGUGAGGUCGUCUCUGGCUGAGUUUCAGAGUUUUCAGAGAGAAGUGAGCAUCCAUCAGCCCCUGACCUCCAGUGUUCUGCACACCGGACGGCUCCUCCUCAGCUGCAUCAGGACCAUGUCUCCACUCUUAAGAGACACCCUGCUGCUGAUCGAGAGGCAGUCUGGAGCUCUGGAAAGCCACACUGAACACUUUUUCUCCUCCAUCCUGUCAGCUAAGGACAGCUUCACCCAGCCCGGCCCAGUCCAGCAGGGCAGAGAGGAGUAGCUGUGCCCUGUGGGGGUCCAGGGGACAACCUGAGCAGGCUGCAGGACACAUCUGUGAUAUGUAUUACUAAUGUGCUUUCUCCCAACAUUCAAUGAUUCCAGGCUGUCAGUUAUGUUUCUUUGUUAAAGGGCGGCUCCAUCUGUGUUCUUUUUUCAUGUUUUGAUGUGGGGACACUAAAGCCCUCACACACACUGUUUGCUGACAGUGUUGGAGAGUGAGCAAAGUGUUAGCUUGGAAGGGUUUAGCUUUGAGGUGGAAGAUUGAGCUAUUUUACAAUUACUAUUAUUGUUGAACCAUUAUUUAACCAGGUGACGACACAUUGAGAUUCAAUAUAAAACUACAUUUGUAUCAUAAAAACCAGGGCACAGAGGCAAAGCAAUAGAUAUUAGUAGUGUAGAUACCUCACUGGCUGUUACUCUAAACUCGCCGCGAUGCGUCUGCACAGGAAACAUAUUGGAGAGGUCAAGAUCCACUAGAAAAAAACAACAAACAACGUGUAUAGAGAGAUGCAGAUUCAUGAAAUUUGUUUUGUUCUAAACAUCAGAAAGUGAAAAUGAUAGUGGUUACUUACUUGAAUUAAUUUCACUUACUGAAGGCGAUUUAAUCAUCUCUAUGACAAAUCAGUCAUCCUCUGAAUAGCCACAACACUGAGACAUGCAGACUCAGACUUAUGAAUAAGCAACAUCCAGUGAUGGAGUGGAACAAAGUACAUUUAUUCAAGUACUGUACUUAUCUACAGUUUUGAGGCACUGGUCCUUUACCUGAAAAUUUGAAUUUUCUAAUGGUGUCAGUUCCAUGCAACUUCAUUUAAUUUAACCUCAUACACACAUUUUUUUAGACAGGCUUUGGAAAAUAGCGUUUAGACCAAGCAGAAACCUCAGUGGCUGAAAAAUGAAGCCAAUACGCGAGUGCCAAAAAACUGCAGUUCUUUGAAUGGCCUUUUGAGGGG